CUAUGUUAAUGUAAAUUUUAAAUAUUAUCUAAAAUCAGAUAAUAUUAAUAGGAUAGAUUUUAGUUUAUCUAAUAUUAAUUGAGAUAUUUAUUAUCUCAAUUAUAAUAAAAGUUUGUAAGUUUUUUAAAUUUAAUAUCAAUAAAAUAAGCAAUUUCACUUGCAUACUCAAGUAUUCUUCCAUAACAGUAUAUCAAUAUAAUAAUAAUAUAAAUAAUUGACUUUAGAAUUAAGAAGCCAACAAAGGCUAUUUAUGUAUCUUCAGUUCACAGUGCCGUCUCUGCACAAGUUACCUCCACUACACUAUAAAUAGAAGAAGCCACUCACCCAACUCUCCCAACUCUCACUUCCAAUGGCUUCCCAUCAAGUUUUUUCAUCCUUCCUCUUCCUUCUCUGUCUCCUUCAAUCCAUUAAAGUCGGCUACCCGGCGACGUUCACCAUCGCAAACAAGUGCACCACCACCAUAUGGCCGGCCAUUCUGUCUAAUGGCGGGACCGACCAGCGACCGGCCACCACUGGAUUCGCUUUGCCUCCUGGAGAGUCCAACACGUUUUCCGUCCCCACCUCGUGGUCCGGUAGGUUAUGGGGGCGAACGCUCUGCUCCCAGGACUCAACCACAGGCAACUUCUCUUGCUUGACGGGAGACUGCGGGUCUUCUGCAGUCGAAUGUGCAGGCCGUGGAGCCGCGCCGCCGGCUACUUUCGCAGAGUUCACGCUGAACGGUACGGGCGGGCUUGAUUUCUACGACGUGAGCUUGGUCGAUGGGUAUAACCUUCCCAUGUUGGUGGUGGCCGAGGGCGGGACCGGAGGGAACUGCACGACCACCGGGUGCGUUGUGGACUUGAACAACGGGUGCCCCUCGGAGCUGAAGGUGACGGCUAGUGGCGAGGGAGUGGCGUGUAAAAGCGCAUGCGAGACGUUUGGGGAGCCCCAGUACUGCUGUAGCGGGCCCUACGCUACGCCGGACACAUGCAUGCCGAGUUCCUAUUCGCAAUUUUUUAAAACUGGGUGCCCGAAGGCUUACAGUUAUGCGUAUGACGACGGCACCGGCACCAUCACCUGUGCUUCCGCCAAUUACAUCAUCACCUUCUGCCCUGCUCCUUCGAUCAGCGUGAAGUCAUCGAAUGGGACGGUCGCUGGUACAGUCGGUGUCUCAGCUAGUUUACGUUCUACAACGCCCAACAUCGUCGUUUUCGCCGUCACUAUUAUGGCGGCGGCUUGGCUGGGCUGCCGCGAUUUUGAAUCUAUGUAGCAGAUUUCACGCUAAAAAUAGAUUUGACUAAUAAUAGAUAAUUGGGUGAAUGAUUUUCUAAUUACUCUCACCCAAUUUGUUUUAUUGUCAUGAUUUCCUUGUUCUUCGUUCACUGAACUAUCAUCUUGUUUCUUAAAAAACUUACUAAGAGAUCCAACCUGAGAUUUUAUUAA